GAACAUACACACUGCCGGAAAACCGACCACGGUAGUCGUGCACUUUACAAGAAACGAAGUCUCAUAGGUUAAACUUUUGACGAACAUUGGGAAAAAUAAAAAUGAAAGGUCUUCUAACAUUUAAGAGGAUCAAAAACCAUCUGACCUUCAAUUUCAAUGCUUUUUGCAACGUAUUAUUCGGACAGAUGCCUCCACCCGCGCUUUCUUUUGCAAACCCUGUCGAAACGCUUAAACCGUCUUCGCAACAUCUAAUUGACGUGCAACAGCUGUUCAAAAAUUCUAUUCUCUGGGCUGUACCCAAACACAGACGUACGAUUGAGAAAAGGUUAGGCCGUAAAUUUGGAUAUAUUACUGAAUUCUACAAAAUGCUGAUGCCUCGUACGGAUCUAUUCACAUGUAACCACUGUGGUCAUUAUUAUCAGAGACGUCACUUAUGUCCAAAUUGUUAUAAGCGAGUUAAGGAUGAAACUACUGAGUUUCAAGAAGUUAUCGAAAAAGAAUUGGGAUUAGACCCAAUUGAACAAGAAGUUGUGGUUCUCUAUAAAGGAGAAAAAACAAAAAAACCUGAAGAAUUUUGGAAAGGUAAAAGAAUUGUUGAAUUAAAAAGAGAAAAACCAGUAUGGUUUUGUAGAAACUUAUUACAAAGAACCACAAUUGGCAAUUCAGAUUGCAAAGAUGUCAAACCAUCCGAAUUAGCUUAAGUCAGUUUUUCUUUAUAGUAUAAAAGUUUUUGAAAAUUUUUUUAUUUACAUUUGUCUUGAUCAAUA